CCUGUCGUUACGAUGUUGUCCUCCAACCAGAAUUGGAAGAACGGGAUCUACCACUGCCUUCUACAGAUAUGAAUAUGGCAAUCUGUCACCCUCACUGGGCGCUUUCGCUGGGGGCUAUUAUGCAUGGAGCCAAGUGCUUGGAGGGGGGCUGACGAGUGAGAGGCCAGUUCACAUCCAAAGCGCCUGUCUGCUCCUGUUAGCAUCGCACAUUUCGGCCCACUUCGACACACUGCCGAACAUCACCAGCCGCUAUAUACCCUUUGUCCUCCCGACUCUGCGUCUUACCUUGUCGGAUUUCCAUCAGAAUGUGUUUCGAUAGAUCCGCCAGGAGGUUUGACUAAGGAGUCGGGAUAUAGUAUCUCAUGAAGAUCUGGGUCACACACAAUGCAACUAGGGCUUUAUAGCACGCUGUCCUCGCUUCAGUUUGUCUUGCUUCUUCUUUUCUCGACGUUCGCUCCGUUUUGUUCUGCCUCUGUAAUACAAGACCUCCAAAGCAACUAUUUUGAUCCGGCUCCAACGCCUGAAGACGGCCCUUCCCUCUCGGCUGGAGCCCUUCGAGAUACAUCUUACCUUCCCGCGCAAAUUGGUGGCAUAGUCGGAUCAUAUGCAUUUUCGCUCGUUGUAGUCGCUGCUAUUAUACUUCUCUUGGCAAAGAAACGUCGUGAGCAUCUUACAGCAGGAGAGGAAGACCUAGAAGGCCAGUUCCCAUAUCAAUUCGCUUUUUUACCAUCUGGGCAAGCUGGCGGCCAGCCUCAGUACGGUCUCGAUCCGCCCAAAUCGCCAGUCAAGAACUUUUCUUACCCAACACCACCAACACCGAUAAGUGUAAAGAGCCCGACGAGCCCGACGAGCCCUUACAUUGUCCCCUCACUUCAUUCCACAAGUACACUUGGUGUAAAUCCUUUAGUCGAUCCGCGAGUCGUUGCAGCAGAUCGCAAGAUGGCGCAACAGCAGCUGGAAGAAAUGUACAAGCUUGUACUAGAGCAAGAGGCUGCGAAGGAAGCAGGCGUUACCUUGGACCAGCUGCCGGUACCGCUCUCCCAACAGCAGACCCCAAAGCAGGGUAUCUUGAAGAGGAGCAAGAAUAAGCCUGCGAGCCUUGAUCUUGCACAGUCUGGAGCGGAAAAGCCCCAGUCUCGAGCAUCUUCUAUCUUAUCCGCUUUCAAAUCGCCCCGAAAGAAGAAUGUUAAAGGCAUCAGUAUCUCGUCUCCGAUUAUGACGCCUAUGUCAGGCACCUUUCCACGCCAGGAGGAGGAGGAAUUGAGAGUAAUUCCUCCCCGCUACUACGCACCGGCAUCUCCACCCCCAGUUCCGACAGACCAGGCCCCAUAUGCACGGGCAAGCAGGCAGCACGGACCAGUAGUGCCUAUCACUCCACCGGAUAUCUCUCCGGAGAGUACGCAGAGCAUUGACGAACGGUUAGGUCAUCUGCGGAGCAACUCGCAAUACACUGAGCCUGACCCGGUGUCGGCAGUUUCAGAACGUUCUACCGCGCCUCUCGUUGGUUUGCCUUCAUCACCGAAGCCAGGCGUUAGUCGCUUCCCUUCUCUUCCAGCAUCCCCGAAACCCGGGGCGACGUUCCCGACUUCGCCCGGACCGGAACAGCGAUCCUUUUCGCGGCCAAAUGCUCCCUCGGCCAUUCGGACUGGCGGUACUCUUCCGCUACGAGCCUACGAGCCUUCUCUCAGUUCGCCUUCGGCACAGACAACCAAGCAAACAACGUUCGAAAGGAGUCUCCCUCUAUCGCCUUCGGGGCUUAGGACACCGUGGACUGGCGCACCAGUGCCCUACUCACCAUACCAACCAUUCUCGCCCGUAGUUCCUAUCACACCAUCGUUGGUUACUAAAGCGGACCGAAAGAGGAUGAAACAACUGCAGCCAAAGACACCAACAAUGGAAAUGGUUAAGGGUGAUGACGAAGUGUGGUAGACAUGUGCUUAUGUGGGGGUUUAACGAAAGGUCUGGGUGGGUUGAUAAGGACCUGAGUCUAUCGCCCUGGCGUCUUGGAUGGAUUCUUGCGUUUCAAAAUCUAAUGAGUGAUGUAGAGGGUCUUUACUUUCUGGUUUAAAGCAGUUGCUUAUAGUUUUAUAUACCACUUUUUGAAAUCGGAGGAGUUAAUUCACAUUGGGGUUCCAGCUGUGCAUUACUCCUAGCUAUAAUAUGAGUUAUGCAACCCUGACUACUAACGCCUCCUUUACUUUAUGAUAAUGUAUGUGCAUAUAAAUUCGCAUAAGUACAAGCAUUCAAACCAUUUUAGGAACUCAAGAAGUCAGCAUAAGAUACAUACAUCGGCUACUCUCGCGGUGGGUCAACUUAGGACUUAGACAGGUAGGUAUUGUGAACCGAACAGAUACUAUAUAUGUUCGUACUCAUUACAGCGUUGGCUUC